AUGGACUUGUCAUCACAGAACUCCACCCUUCCGAAGUUCGAAGAUGCCAUCGUGUUGGCGAAGAAUCGUACCUCUUGCGGUCCCGGCAGAACCACGUCCAAAUCUGAAGAAGCUACCGUCAGCCCUUCUCAGCCAACACAACAGCGAGGCUCUUCACUCUUUAUUUGUCGGAGUGCAACAUUACAUUGGGCAUUAUCGACUAAUGUGCUUGUUGCCUGUCCUCUAGAAGCUCUUCACAAAAAUGAAGAGAAUUGA